CCUCGCGCGGCCCGGAAGUGUUUGUGGGACGGUUUAAAGCCAGUAGACGGAGGCUAGGUGGCGUUAGCUGUCAGCCGGGUUCAGUCAUUGUGCAGGGAUGGAGGUGACACGGAGAAAUUUUAAAGAGAGUUUGAACGCGGUGUGCAGCGCGUUGGAGGAGGCGGACUUCCUCGCCAUCGAUGGAGAAUUCUCAGGGAUAAGCGACGGUCCUAAUGUCAGUGCACUAACCAACGGACUGGACACGCCAGAGGAGAGAUACACGAAGCUCAAAAAGCAUUCCAUGGACUUUGUGCUGUUCCAGUUUGGAUUAUGUACAUUCACGUACAACCAGGCCAAGUCAAAGUAUAUCACAAAGACAUUUAAUUUUUAUAUAUUCCCGAAGCCAUUCAACAGGACGUCGCCUGACAUAAAGUUCAUCUGUCAAAGUUCCAGUAUUGACUUUUUGGCCAGUCAAGGAUUUGACUUCAACAAGGUGUUCUGUCAUGGAAUCCCAUACCUCAAUCAAGACGAGGAAGCCCAGCUGAGGAAGCAGACCGAGGAGAGGAGGAACCAGCACGCCAACGGCGUAGGGACACCAUCUUACAUCUCCCCGUCGUCCUCCAAAGGCCCUGCACACGUACCCGAUGAACACAAGGACUUCAUCGAACGGGUGAUACAGAAAGUUGAUUCACUCUUCACAAGCUCAGAGAAGACUGUUGACUUAGAGCCAUGCACAGGGUUUCAGAGGAAGCUGAUAUAUCAGACCCUGAACUGGAAGUUUCCCAAGGGGCUUCAUGUGGAAACCAUAGAAACGGAAAAGAAGGAGCGUUACAUCCAGGUCAGCAGAGUAGACGACGACGAGAGGAAGAGGAGGGAGCAGCAGAAACUGGAGCGGGAGCAGGAGGAGCUAAAUGACGCCGUCGGAUUCUCCAGGGUCAUCCACGCCAUCUCUAAAUCUGGUAAACUUGUGGUCGGCCACAACAUGCUGUUGGACGUGAUGCACACCAUCCACCAGUUCUACUGCCCCCUUCCAGAGGAUCUUCAAGACUUUAAAGAGGUCACAAUGUGUGUCUUCCCAAGACUUAUGGACACAAAGUUGAUGGCUUCCACUCAGCCAUUUAAGGAGCUGAUCACCAACACCUCUCUGGCAGAGCUGGAGAAGCAGUUGAAGGAGAGCCCCUUCAAGUCACCACAAGUUGAAACGGCAGAGGGGUUCCUCAGUUACGACACGGCCCAGGAGCAGCUCCACGAGGCGGGUUACGACGCCUACAUCACUGGCCUCUGUUUCAUCUCCAUGGCCAACUACCUGGGCUCUUUCUUGACCCCGCCCAAAUCUUACAUCUCCGCUCGAUCCAAACUCAUCGAGCCUUUCCACAACAAGCUUUUCCUGAUGAGGAUAAUAGAUAUUCCCUACCUCAACGUCACAGGACCAGACUUGCAGCCCAAAAGAGACCAUGUCCUGCAUGUCUCCUUCCCCAAAGAAUGGAAGACUAGUGACCUCUACCAGCUCUUUAGUGCCUUUGGGAAUAUCCAGGUUUCAUGGAUCGAUGACACGUCAGCGUUCGUGUCCCUGAGUCAGACGGACCAGGUGCAGAUAGCUAUGAACACCAGUCGCUACGCAGAGAGUUACAGGAUCCAGACGUAUGCGGAGUACAUCAAGGCCAAGCAGCAGGAGAAGGAGAAGCUCGGGCAGACCCCCAAGAGCUGGGGCGAGGACGGCUGGGUCAAAUCACACUACACCUCAUCCACUACCUCCAGUGGUUUCGGAUAUUCCAGAGGUUUGAGGAAACGCAGCAUCAGUCCGGUCCACGGAGAGCAGGGCAGCGGAGAACCUCUGAUCGCUGACGGGUGGAGUCACUACUCGUACCCGGACAGCACGGGCGUCAAGAAGAUGAAAAAAGAUGAUACAAGUGGACAGGCGAAUGCUGACGCUGUCGAGAGCAAGACGUCAGAGGGAUGGCUGAAGACAGAUGCAUCAGAUUCAGCAGAGCUGAGUCCAGUCCCUGAUGAGGAGGAGCAGGAGGAGGAAGAGGAGGAGGAGGAGGAGGAGGAGGAGGAGGAGGGGGGAAGUCCUGAGGGCGCAGAUCCAGCCAAUGAUGCUGAGGGGACGGUCACCUGGCAACAGGCCCCAACGGUCCAGUCGAGGAAAGGUCGAAAGAACAAGAAGAAGAAGUCUGAAGCGGCCGAAUCUAAAAAAUCGCUUUUCGAGGUUCCAGAUGUCUGGUAGCGAGAGGCCGGGCUUCCUCCUCAGUCUUUUCCCUAAGCACUUGGGGGCCGCUCUCCUCCUGUAAGGUCGGUCAUCACUGGGAGUGGCCCCCGACUUCAUUCACUCAGAAGCUAUGGACAGAAAUGUUGAUAAAUUCUCGCAUAUGAUCAGAGUGCCACUCACAGCUGGGCUUUCACUUUGGACUCCAUCAUCAGUUUUAAUGACACAUCACCUCCAGUCAGUCUUAUAUUUUGUGAGCGUGAGUUGUGUGCGAGUUUGUGCAUGUGAGGGAGAUAUCGUCUGUCUCCCUGUGAAUCCAUCUAAGUCCUGUAGUUGUCAGGGUUACGUAAUAUUUUAACGCUGUCAAAAUGUUUCCAUUUUUAAAAAGAAUAAUGUACGUUCUGUCAACUCCCCCAGUUUUAUCAAAUCAUGUAUACGCUUAUCAAUGAUAAUCUCAUAUUUAUUAUUGGUGGCAUUUUGACCCUUCAUGAGGUGCUUGUGUUGUACAGAAUUGUUUUUCUUUACCUUUUUUGUGUUGAAAGUUUUGUAACAGUGUCAAUUUGCAACAAUGUCCGUUGUAUGUUCUAAUGCAAAAUGUGUAAACGUUAAGACGUCAACAUUUUUGUAUAAGAUAGUUUAAAAAAUCCUUAAAUAUUUCCUUUAAAGGGGGAAAAAAUUAAAGAAUGUUUCUUAGCA